UAUUUCAGGGACCCAACUGUUCCACAAAACACAGUGGCUGCUUGCUGCUCUGAGGGGCAGACACUCAAUUCCCAGUGCCAGGCUGCCUGAUGUCAUGUGGCCUGUGCUGUGGACCGUGGUGCGUACCUAUGCUCCCUACGUCACCUUUCCUGUGGCCUUUGUGGUCGGGGCUGUGGGCUACCACCUGGAAUGGUUCAUCAGGGGAAAGGAUCCUCAGCCUGUGGAGGAGGAAAAGAGCAUCCUGGAGCGUCGAGAGGACCGAAAGCUGGACGAGCUGCUAGGCAAGGACCACACGCAGGUGGUGAGCCUUAAGGACAAACUGGAAUUUGCCCCAAAAGCAGUCCUGAACAGAAACCGUCCAGAGAAGAAUUAAUGGAGGGCACAGGUCCCUGUGGUCCACAGGGCUCUGACAUGCCCAGUCACCAUGUCGACCCAGCUUCAGAACAUACAUCUGAUUUGCUUUGCUGCUCAUUCCGGCCCCUUCUGCAUCCCACAGCCACAAACAUACUGGCUGGUCCAUUAUGGCUGUACAGCUGCAGCAGCAGGGGCCAAUGAAGAGGAAGGCUGCUUCUGUUGGAUGGGCUGUCUCCAUGACUGCGGGCUUCUGAUCUUACCUGAGAGCAUUGCAGGGAGGAGCCCUGGGGAAUGAACACUGCUCUCAGGCUCCCCGGGGAGGGGCUUGGCCUCAACUUUGAAUGGUUAGGGUUUGUUGUUGUAGUUUUUGCACUGGACAGAAAUCAGAAGUCUCCCUUGAAGUGUUUUUCCUGUUGGCUGGCACAUUUGUCCCUUUCUAGGCUCAGGAGUGGAUUCUCGGGAAGGAAAGCACCUUUUUGUUGUGGGGAGCUCGGGCUGUUUACCUUGGGGCAGAAGGCAUAUGCCUGGAAACAAUCCCUGUCUUCCACCCUUCCUCACAUGUAGUGAGAACCUCAAUUAAAGUGGCACCUAAGACAUA